UAGAUCAUAUUGGAUAAUGCCGCAGGCCAACCUCAAGCUGAGUCCACAUGACCAGCAGGUGCUGGACUCCAUUUUCAAUCCCCUCGAGCUCAGUAGCCUCCAACCAAAUGAUGCAGUCCCCGCCGAAGCUGAUCUAACAGAUUUGGAACCCGACACGGAAGCCAUCAGGGCGUCCAGGGAGCUGGAACUGAAGGCCAUUUGCUUAGCCGAAAAGGGUGAACUGCCAGAGGCCCUGGAACUCUUUCGCCAAGCCUUCGAUCUGGCCCAAAGGCCCUCGGUGCUGAACAAUCGGGCUCAAGCACUACGACUGGCCCAAAGGGAGGAAGAGGCCCUGGAUGACCUAAAUAAAGCCAUAGAACUGGCUGGUUCACAGGAGAAUCGCACUAAGAGCCACGCCCUUUGUCAGCGCGGUGUUCUCUAUCGCAAGUUGGAUAAGUUGGAUGCAGCUCGUUCAGAUUUCGAGGCAGCAGCUCAAUUGGGUAGCAAAUUCGCCAAAGAACAGCUUGUGGAAAUCAAUCCCUUUGCAGCGCUCUGCAAUCAAAUGCUUCGACAAGCCUUCGAUCAGCUAAAGUGAAUCAAGGAUGCUGGAAUUGCUGCGAUUUUAUAUAAUAAUAACCUUAGAAAUGAUCUAAAACUAACUUUAAGCAGCCCUGCAGUUUUAAACUAGAUUGAAUUGAAAAUCAAUCAUAAUUAAUCAUACAUUUUAAGUCAAAAAGCAUUUUUGUUCUAGUUUUAGUAGGGUUAAUAAAUCGAAAUACGGAGUUUAAAAUUUUGAA